CUGAGCUUGUUUGCGCAAUUUUUUCUGGAGUGUCUGGUAACAAAUGAGCAGUUUUCACCAAUAAAAAUAGGAUUAUCUCAAUUUUUAAAAACCAACAAUGCCGGAAGAAUCCAAACUGGAAGGUGAAAUCGAAAAUGUUCGAGUGGUGGUACGAGUUAGGCCAAUGGACAAAAAUGAAAUCGAUUCUGGCUGCCAGAACGUAAUAAAGGCAGAUAAGUGUAAUCGAAACAUUACAGUUUACAAGCCGAAUGCAAGUUCCAGCGAACCGCCCAAGGUGUACUACUUUGAUAAUGUUUUCGGCGAAGAUUCGACACAGAUUGACUUAUACAUCGACACCGCUCGACCGAUUGUCGACAAGGUGCUCGAAGGAUACAAUGGCACCAUCUUGGCGUACGGUCAAACUGGCACCGGCAAAACCUACACCAUGUCCGGUAAUCCAGAUUCGCCGCAAACCAAGGGCAUCAUCCCGAACACGUUUGCCCACAUCUUUGGACACAUUGCACGGGGUAAGGAGAAUCAGAAGUUUUUGGUUCGCGUCAGUUAUAUGGAGAUCUAUAAUGAAGAAGUGCGCGACUUGCUCGGCAAAGAGAUCAAUAAGAGUCUGGAGGUGAAGGAGCGGGCCGAUAUCGGAGUGUUUGUUAAAGAUUUGAGCGGCUAUGUGGUGCACAAUGCGGACGAUUUGGAUAAUAUCAUGAAGUUGGGAAACAAGAAUCGAGUUGUAGGAGCCACAAAGAUGAACUCUGAAUCUUCACGUUCGCACGCUAUAUUUUCCAUUACGAUUGAGUCCAGUGAAACUGAUGAAAUGGGAAAGCAGCUGGUGAGAAUGGGCAAAUUGCAAUUAGUAGAUCUGGCUGGUUCAGAGAGACAAAGCAAAACACAGUCGAGUGGACUGCGACUCAAGGAAGCUACUAAAAUCAAUUUAUCUUUAUCGGUUCUUGGAAACGUGAUAAGCGCACUGGUUGACGGGAAAAGUACUCACAUUCCAUAUCGCAACUCUAAACUAACCCGGCUGCUGCAGGAUUCACUGGGUGGUAAUAGCAAGACAGUUAUGUGUGCUAGCAUAAGUCCGGCCGAUUCUAAUUAUGUGGAAACCAUUUCUACGCUGCGUUAUGCAUGCCGUGCUAAGAGCAUUCAAAACAUGGCUCAUAUUAAUGAUGAACCGAAGGAUGCUCUGCUGCGUCACUUCCAAGAAGAAAUCAAGGAACUUAAGAGGCAAUUGGAGGAAGGUGUUUUCAUGAAUGGCAUUGGAAGCGAUGAGGAGGAAGAUGAGGAUGAUGAAGUAGAUGAGAUUGAAACCGAUGAAGAAAAGGAAAAGGAACGCAUGGAAAAGAAAGAAAAGAAACGCAACGAGAAGGCUAAGGAGAAAAAAGAAAAAGCCGAUGCUGAAAAAGAAUUACUUGAAAAGAAAGCAAUGGAGAAUGAAGAGGAAAUUAGUCGUGCGAAAUCUGAACAAGACCAGCUUCGCGCCAAAUUAUCAUCCCUUGAAAACAAAAUUCUUGUCGGCGGUGAAAAUCUGCUUGAAAAAGCACAAGCUCAAGAAAUGCUUCUGGAAAAGUCUAUUGUUGAGCUUGAACGACGCGCAAAAACUGAACGCGAACUAGAGGAGAAUCUGCAAAAGAUCGAAGCCGAGCGAAUCGAUAUCGAGGAACGAUACAGUUCCCUGCAAGAGGAAUGCGUUGGAAAAACGAAAAAAUUGCAACGGGUCAUGUCAAUGCUGAUGAGCAUUAAAUCCGAGCUGGCCGAUCAACAGCAAGAGCAGCAGCGUGAAAAGGAAGGUAUAUACGAAAAUAUUCGCAGCUUAUCGCGUGAGUUGGCCCUCUGUGAAUUGGUGAUAAACUCUUACAUUCCUAAAGAAUAUCAGAAUAUGAUAGAGAAAUUUACCCACUGGAACGAGGAUAUUGGUGAGUGGCAGCUGAAAUGUGUUGCUUACACGGGCAACAAUAUGCGCAAAAAUGUUGCCGAACCAAAGCUCAACACCAAAGAAACGGAUCUGAUUGAUCUGUCGCAUGUGUAUUUGAGUUACAACACCGAUUCCGUAACGGAACCGGUGCGGGCCAAAACAGCCAGACCACGUACGUCCGGAAUAGCUCGGCCCACUACGGCCCGAAAGUAUUACUAAGCUAUGUUUAAAUAAUCCUGCAAUGCGAAAACGCACAGCACAAUGAUCAAAAGUAUUUAAGUAGAAAAGAGGCUUUCUCAGACUCGCAAUUUGCACCCGUGUGUUGAGUCGCACGCUUGUUACAAAGUUUAAUAACCCAUUUUGUCCUUGUCCAGUUUUUAACUCACGUGCAAUUUUGUACUAGUCACCAGGACUUCACCAGUGUUUAUCAUUUCAUUUAAGUUACUCGUGUUAUUUAUGAAGGUACCAUGCUAUGGUAAUACACAUUGUAUACUCAUGAAACACAUAACGUCUUUAAAUUAUCCGUUGUAAAACUGUUGCUGUGAAUGUGACAAUAUUCUAUUUAGAGAAUAUUCUAGGUUCUAGUGAGAAGAAAGUUUUGAUUUCAAAUAGUCUGUAUUCGGUAUUUGGUUUUGCGAAUUCACGAAUUCGUAUUGUAUUUCGUAUUAUGAUGUAACGAUUCUACAAUCACAAUUUUAGUCAUGACAAGAUUAAAUUUCUAGUUUGAAUACACUCCACACACACUGUAGACACGUAAUUGUUCUAGAGUC